AUGUCAUCAGCAUCGGGUGGUGAUGUUCCAGCGGGUCGGGAGAAGGAUAGUAAAUAUCGAGCAUACGCGAAAGCCAUCGAUCAAGCGUUAAAAACAUUCGAGACGCCGAACGAGUGGGCUGAUUUAAUUUCAGCACUCGGGAAGUUGGCCAAGGUCUUUCAAUCAAAUGCAAAAUUCGGCGCAAUUCCAAAUCGGGUCACUGUCGCCAAACGAUUGUCACAAUGUCUUCAUCCAGCACUUCCAGCGGGUGUCCACCUGAAAGCUCUCGAAACGUAUCGAAUAAUCUUCGAGAUUCUGGGUCCAUCGAAACUUCCCGAAUGUCUUUAUCUCUUCGCCGUCGGCCUAUUUCCACUAAUGGAUCACUGCGGAAUCAAAGUGAAAUCCGAGUUAUUCGCCAUAUUUGAAAACUAUUUGGUACCACUCGGAGCCAAUUUACGUCCCGCUCUUCCCGGUUUCCUCGGCGGUGUAUUGUUGGCGUUGGAGGAGGGAACCGAGUUUCAUGAGAGAUCGGUCAUUCUCCUGGAUCGAGUCUGUGAGAAAGUUGGUCCCAGAGCAUUCUACGCAUGUCUAUGGCAAGCCAUUCUCGGAUCGCCGCCAGUUCGACUACCCGCAAUGAUUUAUGUGAAUGCGAAAUUUGAUAAAUUGAAGAGUUUUGACGAUCAGAUACAUCUUGUUGGAGAUCAUGUUAAUCAUAUGGUGGCAGCUCUGUGUGCAGUCGCCGAUGACACGGGAUCUCCACUGGUUCAGAGAUAUCUUCUCGAUUUCUUGGUUUCCGCAUUCCCAUUGGACAGUACUAAUCUAACAGACGAAGACUUUGUACAACUACUCAGACGAUGCCUUUUUGUCGUUCUUAGAAGAGAUAUGUCACUGAAUCGACGAUUAUACACGUGGCUUAUUAAUCGAAGUGGAGAGACGAGAGGCGUUUCGGGAUUAUCCCUUGGCGGUCCAGACGACGGAAUCGAGUUAUCAUUUUUCAAGGAACGAGUACUUGGUCUCGUCCAUGGAGCACUCGAACAAUAUCUCUCAUUGGAUAUGAUUGAAACUCCAUUCGCAAAUCAUCAACAAUCGAUUUGGGGAGAUCGGAAAGAGGCGGAGCAAGUACAAUUCGCCGAGGUUCGAGUCUGUCGGCUUCUCCUAUAUCUACAGGAUCGGGCAGACAUUGGUCGGACGAUUCUCGAGACAGUUUUCUCGGAUUUUUUGAAAAAAUCCGCUGAAUUUCAUCAAAAUUCUGCUGAAAAGUUGAAAAAUCGACGAAAAUCAAAGGAAAAAGUGAAGAAUUUGAGAAAACCCGGCGAUCGAGAAGGUCUGUAUCUGGAUCUGAACUCGGUGUGCUCCACAUCGAAUCGAGAGGAUGACGUCACUUCCACGACGUCUUCUGGAAUUCAGAAUUCCACGAAUUCGAAUUCUGGAGCCGUCGUGAUUCCAGAUGAGGAAGACGUGAUUCAGACGAGACGUGUCGAUGAGUUAUCGAAGACGUUCAAUAUGCUUCUCAACUCAUUGGAACCCGGUUUCUUAUGGACUUUUCUAGGGGAAUGGUAUCAGAAGAUUGUGGAGAAUAAAGAGUUCGGAAGACAGAUUCAUGAUUUUUCGCAGGUCGUCUCGAUUUGUCUGGAAAUAUCGAAUGUGGACAGUGACUCAGCCAUCCGUACGCAACAUUUGCCACGUCUUCUGGAGACAGUACUCAAUGGAUUGUCGAAUAAGACACUUCUCUCGUCGUGUGAUCAGAAUGAUCUCCUCCAAUUGUAUACCGUAUGCCAGAAACUUCUCGAAAUCAGCACCGCUCAUCCACAGUCGCCGAUUGAAGUAGACGAAAUCGCCGAGGACUCGUUGUCGCUGAGCCAGGAAGUCACCGCUAUCGAGCAUGAACGAAGCCAAACGGACGCAUGCCUGACUCAAUGUGUAUCCGCUCUCUCGUCGAUUUUCGAGAUUUACACAACACGUCGUGAUCCCCAACUGAUUCCCCUCAUCGAUGCCUCCACCGCUCUUCUCAACGCCUUCUUAGAAGUUCCAAUCUACUAUUUGGGAUUCGAUAUUGUCGAUAAUCCAGAUGACGUGUCUUCUCAUUCAGAAGUACAACCAUGGCUGAAAAACAUGUUGAAAGUGAUCGACGGACCUGGAUGGUUACGAGAGAUGAGAUCUGGAAAUGAGAUAUGUUCGGAUGUCUCUGCGAGAGCCUCCCUGCUCGAAUUACUCUGUAAAAUCUAUGUGAAAUCAGUGUCAGUUCUCCAGCAACACGAAGAGGCCGCCCAUCGUCCACACGAUGAUUUCUACGAUGAGAUGACGCAUGUUCUGUUGAAACCAUUGCUCGGCAAACGAGAUGUUCAAUUUAUUGAACAGGGAAAGGUGUUUGGGACUUGUGGAGAAGCCGUCUGGCUUGGUAUUGCUUCUCGGAAAUUCUGUUGUGAGCAGCAGCGUCUCGCACGUCUUCUGGUGGAACUUCACUCUCGGAGACCCCAGGAAGCGAGUAGUGACGUUGAAAGUAUUGUUGUGCAGGCACUAACAUCUACAGAUGAUAUGAUUUGUACGGAAGCCGCCCGAACAUUCCACCGUGUUUGGGUUCUCACAAGGAAUCUGGAGGAAGGGGGCGGAGCCUAUCGGAAACCGUUCAAUCGGGCGGUGAUGAUACUUUUGGGAGUGUUGGCUGAUGAGAGUGUGUCGAAGACGAGGACGGAGCUGAAGGCGGCGGCGUCUGCGUGGUUUCAAGACUGUUCGAAGCAUCAUGAUCUACCGAAAAUUGUACAAAUGUUGUCGACGAUGUUGAUGAAUCCGGUGACUGCGAGAAUAUCGAUUCAGUAUAUUAGACAGGAGACGAAGAUGACACAAGAGGAGUGUGCGGCGAUUCCGGCCAACGUCUCUGCGGUGACUCUGAUGACAAUCGACGGAAAACAACGUCUCUACCACGUCACCAAUCAACCCGCCCUCUCCACGAAUUCCACGUCACUAGACUCCGCCUCCUCUGAAUCCACGUGGAUAACCGAAGUACGCAAUCGACUUCUCCGAGCCUCAGCAGGCGAAGAAUCUGGAGAUUCUGGAGCCGCCGGUGGUGGAGGAGCGUCGGGAAUCAUUCGACCACCGUCACCUGAGAAUACAGAUGUCCUCCCAGCAUUCGAUGAUGACACUGACUCGUUGGACACCCUAUCGAUGGGAAAUGAAUCACCGGAAGACGUUGUCAAGGAUAUUCUGGCGAUUCUCGUUGACGAGGUGUGUCAAGAGUAUGAGGAUGAGGAUUUGGAGAGAGAACGACUCCGGGCGGUACUCAUGAUGAAUGAUGUUGAACCGGCGGGAGCCAGUUUUAGCCUCCCCAACGACGACUCUGAAUCCUCGGAAAAACCGGCUCCAAUCUGUCCGGAUUCGAUCGUUCAACGUGUCAAAAAGGGUCACCGACGACAGGAUUCUCUACAAGAAUCAAUAUUCAACAUGACCGAAAAAGACCUCUGCGCAUUCGACACUUCUGAAAUCUUCCGUCCGUCAACUGAAUCGACACGUGGCGGCACAAAUGGAACGUCUUCAAAGGAAACGAGAGAUACAAUCUUGCCUGGAACAGUCUCAUCUGCAUCAUCGACGUCUUCUACCACCGGAACGUCUUCACUAUUCGAAGAGAUGCACACACACAUGCUAUUGUAUGGAGAGAGUGGAAAAGUGGUCGAUUUGGCGAGGGCGGAGACUGCCUUCAGAAUUCUCACGGCACUUUUGGCGCCACGUGGAGCCACGGGGAAUCGAAUGCUCCUCAAUUGUCUUGUAUCGUCUGGAACGACUUCUGGAGCGACGACGUCAUCGGAAUCCACGGCGGAGCACUCGUUGGUGGAAUUGAUGCAACGACAUGUUAGAGCGAUUCUUGGACAACACUUUUGGUCGGCACCCGCGUCGGAUGAGGAGAAACAUAAGCAUAUCACGUUGUUGGAAUUGUUGAUUACGAUCUCCCUCCACUUCCUCCGUUCCUAUUUCCUCAACUCUCCCAUCUCUCCAGUCACUGAAUCCGACCUGGCUUCCCUCUGGAAAUGUAAAAUCUCUGCGUUGGAAUUCCUGUGUGAACUAUUCCGAGAGCUAUCAGCAAUGCUCAACGAGCACGAAUCGAAACAAUUCGUUCAGUUCGUUCAGACGAUUCUGAAUCGAUCGAAACUCCAGAAAUGUCUUCUUCAUCUCUUAUUAACGGCUGUAGAUCACAAUCCAGAGAAUUCAGGAAUCCGUGGAACCGGUCCGUUAUCAGUAUCGAUUAGUAAAUUCAAUGAGGGUCUACUCGGAGAAUCUCGACGACUGUCACCUCUUCUCGCUGCGUAUCAUCGGAGUCUUUUGACGUUCACAUCGCAUGCCAUCCGACUGGAAUGUGAUAUCAAACGGGGAUUUACGAGCUUCUCGGAUGCAUCGUCCACUCAUAGAUAUUCUAUCAUACAAUCUGUUAUCAAUCAAUCAUUUAAUAGUCGAACAUCCAGUCGAUUGGAUAAUCAUGCGUCGACUGUUGAGCUCCGAGCGUUUUUAUUGAUUUUGUUGAAUGCGUUGAAGAAACAACCGCAUCGACACGAGAUGUGGCUACAGUUUGUGGUGCAGAUUUUGCCAUGGGUGGAGAGAUCUCUAGCGACAAUCGUGUGCCGUGUCGUCGAACAACUAUGUAAAAAUAUGGAGAACGCGAUGAGUGUCGCCUACGAGAAUCCACCGACGUCAGACGUCGUCGUCGACAGUCCCGGAGAGAUAAGAGACGAACCGGACAGCUAUCCGGCCAACUAUCUAGCAAUGACACUCGAAUCUCUCACGACUUUAGUCCAUUUCUGUGUAAUUGAUAGUGUUCCGAUGGCCACGACGUCAACAGCACCUGGAGCUCCUGGCUCCACGACGACGUCUUCUGGAGCUCCUGGAGCACCAGUCGGAGAGGGUCAGACACCGACGUCAUCUACAUCGAUGGUUGGCCACGCGAUGUCAGUGAUACCGGGAUCGAAAGUGGCGACGGAAUUGUUCUCGCAACUGGGAAAAGUGUUCUCGAUGAGUGGAGAUUCUGGAGGAGUCAUCUCGAAAAUGGAUUCAGGCAGACAACAUGGAAAUGGGUGGAGACAGGCGCAGUCGGAUAUGUUGACGUCACUUCCACACUCUCUUGCUACCGUAUGCAAUGUUUGGACGGUGGUGCGGAGGGGACAGUCACCCCUGGUUCCCAUCGGUACGAAUAGUCAGUUGAGACGGCUGGUGCUCCAACUACUCUCUCCAAUUGCUCAACACCAUAAGCACGCGUUCCUGACGUCACUGGCACUGGUCUGGUUGACACGAAGCACCGCGAAGCCUACUGUAACACUGAGGAAACAGGAUCCGGAUCGGGCGACGUUUGACUACUCGUCGGCUCAAUUGGAUAUCACCAAUUUGUUACUCUCGUUGCAAGUUAUCCCGUUUGAGGAUCUAAUCACAUCGGUGAACUCGACCCUCCGCGAAGCAUCAUUCAAAGCCAACAAAGUGGGCAUUACGACGAUCGACAAGGCCAAUUUCCCCACCGAAGAACCCCUCCUUGAGUUGGUCCACUCAUGUGUCUCAGCCGUUCUUCAAACUCAACUUCGUCUCUGUUGGAGUUCCCUCCUUUCCCUCUUCUCCGACGCUCCACUAUCCGCUUUAUCCGCUCGUGCCGUCUUCCUUCUCUUCGUUAUUCUCAGUGACUUUGUAAAGUGUGUGGGCGGAGCCUAUAUAGUUGAGGAUAAGGCAAUGUAUCGAAAUGUUCAAGAAGUUUGCUCCCGGCUCGCCGAAGCUGUCAACGCGAUUGUCGGAUGGCAACUGGAGACGACGACGUGGUUGAAGAGGACGCUAGUUGUGAAGCAAGAUCAUCAUGGAUCAUCCAUCCGAUCGGUUGAUCAGAGUCCUGUAGUGGAAUCGGCAACGAAUCUGGCGUCGGGCAUUGAUUCGACACGGAAUUCCACUCUGAGUCUUAUCAAACCGACGGGCAGCUCGACGGCGUCGAGUAUCACCACCAACGAGGGGAAGCCUGAUAAGAAGAGCUCAUCGAAUUUGAGAGCAUCUAUCAAGGAUACGAAUAACAAUCGAAGAGACCCCGCCCACAGUACGCAGGCGUUGUUCUUGUUGGCUGAGAGGCUCACGGAUCUUCUUGACUCGGUGAGCAAAUCGGAUGAGAAGGAUAAAGUGUUGCCGACGUUACAAGCUGUUUGGGCCAAUGUGGUGCCCUAUUUGAAGGCGAAAAAUGCACGGAACGCUCGUUUCUUUUUGGCAAGCUCGCAGUUAUUGGCAUCAAUGUCAUCGUACUCGUAUAUGCGGCCUGUUUGGAAGAAGACCACUUUAGAUUUACUUUUGGAUUCUGGAUUCUUUAAAAUGGAUCACGCCGCGUUGAGACAGUGGUUGGUGGUGACGGAUCAUUUGAUGACACAUGAUAGGACUAGUUUUAAGGACCUGCUGAAAAGUAUAUCGUACUCACCGAACGCCUCGUUCUCGAUUAUGACGUCAAAAGAGCAAGAAUACGAAGCGCGUGCUCAGGCACUCAAACGACUCACUUUUGUGGUGUUUGGAAGUCAACUGGAUCAGUAUCAUGGACAGAUGAAUGAUAUUCAAGAACGCCUCUCCGACAACCUUCGUGUCUCCCAAUCGCCUGUCAUCCGUUCGGCCGUCUUCCUCUGCGUCCGUGUCCUUCUCCUCCGACUCCGCCCCCACAGUCUAAUCGGCGUUUGGCCAAUCAUGGUGACAGAACUUGUUCACGCCCUCUCUCAACUCGAAUCUCAACUCCAAAGCGGGGAACAAGAGGCCACUGGCUCCUCAUCCGACCAAUGGAUGCAGCUGUACGUGGCUGCGUGUAAACUUCUCGAGACUCUCUGCACUCUCCCAGCCGGAUAUCUCUCUCACUUUCAAAUGUUUCAUUGGGCGUUCGUCUCGUCGGUGUCGGCGGAUAAAACCGAGAUUUUCAAGCCGUUCGCCGAGAGAAUCAAUGAUUUAUUAGCCAAGAAAUAUGGGGAAUUGACGCCCGAAACGAUGAGUAAUCAUACCGCCUCGUUGGCUGGUGUCAAGAUACUCACUUCUUUCGAAGAGCUCCGCCCAUUCUUCUAUACACUCGCGAAUUUGAAUAAAUCUGUGCCAGAGAGUAAUAACACUCUCCGCGACGCGCAUGCUCUCUCCGGAAGUUUGACCUACAAGAAUGCGGUCGCCCGUCUCGAAUCGGCACUCUACGUGGAUUUCUCGGAGCACUUGCAAUUCUAG